UUUAACUCUUAUGACAGCAGUUUAGGUUUAGCGCUGUCAUUGGUUAAGUCCCCUUUAAGACGGGUUGGGCGGAGGCUGUGAAACUCCGAGAGAAGCGAAACAGUGAAUAAAAGCCGACAAACGCCCUGUUGAAAGCAGGGAGAUUAUCCAAGUGAUGUUAACGGUGCACUGAUGCGCCAACAAGGCUGACCAGUGGCGUUUAGCUUGGAGGUGGGCUGGAAUGCGGUGGUCCAGGAUGCAAAAGUGAAAGAUGUUUCGCAAGGUGAAAAAGCGCCACAGCAGCAGUAGCUCUCAAAGCAGUGAGAUCAGCACCAAAAGUAAGUCUGUAGACUCCAGUUUGGGAGGACUAUCCAGGUCCAGCACAGUCGCCAGCCUCGACACAGACUCUACCAAGAGCUCGGGAAACAACUCAUCCGAAACGUGCGCAGAGUUCCGGGUGAAGUAUGUGGGAGCCAUUGAGAAGUUGCAGUUUGACAUGAGCAAGAUGCUCCAGGAACCUCUUGACCUCAUUAACUACAUUGAUGCGGCACAGCAAGAUGGAAAGCUGCCAUUUGUACCAGGAGACAAGGAAAUGAUCCUGUUUGUGUCGAAACACGGAGUCAAAGUGGCCUCGUUGGACCAAUGUGAUGUGUUGCAUCGCCACCCGCUCUACCUGAUCGUGCGCAUGCUUUGCUACGACGACGGCCUCGGCGCGGGGAAGAACCUCCUGGCCCUCAAAACCACCGACCCCGAACAGGAAGGGUGCACCAUCUGGGUUUACCAGUGCAUCAGCUCUGAGCAGGCUCAGUCCAUCUGCAAGGUACUCUCAGCUUCCUUUGACUGUGUAGUCGCAUCAGACAAGUUGUGAGGAUGGCGUGCGAAAAGUAAAACCAACAAAGGGAGACUACAAUGACUGACAAAUUCAACUUUUUCUCUAAAUCAAGUUUGUUUCACUUACUACCUAGAUGCCAUAUCAUUAUCAAUAUCUGCACCAACCAACCACCACACAAACAAUCUAAUUUAAACUUUAAGUUCAAAAUGAAAGAUGCAAAGUGAAAUGGUUGCAUCCAUUUGAAUUUAUUUCAGGUAUUCUGGUUAAGUGGUACAACAGAGUGCUGGAUACAGCAAUAGUUCGUUGCAACUAUUUGGGUACGAUUCUUUGCAAUGUAGCCGCUUGUCCUUAAGUUUUAAGACUUGAAUUUAUUAAUUGUAUGUUUUUCACGCUUGUGAUAGAUAAUAUCAGAAAGCAAAUUGCGGUACAUCAUUUAUUUCACGUUACUGUCACUUUCAUCCAUUUGUUAAAAAUGUUUGUUACAUUAAAUGACUGAAACCUUUUCAAUUUUGAGUGCCCCCUCUCUUCUUUGUUAUAGUUCAAAUAUCCACCAGAGGGCGCGCUUGAUGUGUAAAACCUUCCUUAUAGACAACAGUACUAUAGUUUAACUGAGACUGCGUGUACCUCGUGAAAAGGUGGGUGUGUUAAAAGUCAAGAAUGUCAUGCACGCUGUGUGCAUAUUCUGAACAGGUUGUACCGGUACUUUGUGUCAUUGAGUUAAGGUUAAACUGCACUGGGUGGACUUUGCCUGAUGAAGAACGCAUGUUGUGGUUUGGUUCGGUUUACAAGACAGCGCUUUGCGGUCCAUGUCACAUUCCAAUACCCACAAAUGAAAGAAGUAAUUGAAUUUACAUCAUGCAAAUGAAUACAUGUAUGCUGAAUUCAGGCCAUUGGUUCAGAAGUGUAGACAGGUGGAAAGCUGCAGGUUGUGCUGAGCUACAGUGAAUCUAGGUAGCAGAUGUUUGUCUGCUUUUUAAUUUCAUAAGGCAUUUGAGGCCUUCAUGCUAGACAUUCAGGCCAAAUCUUGAGCUGCUUCAUUUAGCAGCUUUCUAGGAGACGCUGCAGAAAUGCAAGAAUGUGUUAACACUGCCCACUUUGUGAUUUGAAGUCUGGCUUGGCUGAUACUAUAUAUAAACCAAUUUCCCUGCCUUGGGUUGGAAUUGGAAACAACUUUUAA